AUGGAUGUCUGCAGGGGUGGCGAGCUGCUCGACCUAUACAAGGAUUGCGUGGAUCAGCAGAGGCCACUGCCCGAGGCCUGGCUCGUGCGCAUCUUCUCUCAGACGCUGCAGGCUAUCGGCUACUGCCACGAGAAAGGUGUCAUGCACAAGGACCUCAAGUUCGAGAACAUCAUGCUCCAGAAGCAGCUGACGCACGAGAGCUGCCUGGAAGACGUCCGAGUUGUUGUCAUAACGUGGGUCUCGCGGAGCUGUUUGGGCCGAAGCACGCCAGGCGCCUCCGCUCCGGCCUGCGUGCGGGGUCCAUGGCGACCAUGGCGCCAGAGGUCAUCCGCGGCGACUUCUCGUACAAGUGCGACAUCUGGAGCCUGGGAUGCAUGCUCUUUGCGAUCUUUAACCUCCACCCCCCCGCUCUUUCGUCUUCUGCACAUCCCCGACGGCAGGGGCGGGCAGGCGCCCUACAUGUACCCCUUCUGGCCGGAGCCCUGCGAGGGGGACCCGCUGGGAGCGAGGUCGAUACUGCUGGAGCAGGCGUGGGGCCCGCCCAUGGAGAAGAUCCCCGACGCCCCCGCGCCGGCGCGGGACCUCGUGCGGCAGAUGCUGCAGGUGGACGAGCGCCUGCGCCCGGGGUCCCAGGAGUGCCUCUGGUCGCCGUGGUUCACCCGCGACCUCGCCGGCGGGGAGGCGGUGCGCCUGAGCGGCGACUUCGCCGAGGCGCUGCUGAGGGAGCGGGACCACCGGCUCUGGUGGCGGGCCACCGCGGCGCAGGCCGCGUCGCAGCUGCCCGGCUCCAAGAUCGAGCCGCUGGCGCGGCUGUUCGAGGGGAUGGACGCGAACAAGGACGGCCUCGUGGAGCGGGCCGAGUUCUCCAGCGCACUGCAGAAACUCGGAGUUCCCCCCGAGGCCGCCGACAGGGCGGCGGUGCUGGCCGACUUCGACAACGACGGGCAGAUAGAGUGGUCUGGGCAGCCCGGCUCCGGUGAGAAGUUCAUGGUGUUCAACUUCGUCACCGGGGGCCUGUGUAUGCUGGCGACCAUUGUCCCGCACCUGCCGUGGAGGUACGCUCUGGCACAGUCCUCGAUGACCGUGCGCUUCUCCAUGGAUCGCAGGUACUCCCUGUUGCACAUCGGCGACAACCUCGGCAUGGGCAGGUCGUGGCUCAAGCUCCGCAAGGACGUGUGCUUCAAGCAGCAGGAAUUCAACAGGCCCGACCCGGUCGGAUGCGCGGCGUGGCCUGCCUGCAAGCAGGCUGUGAGCCAGCGCUGCUCGGCGUACUCCGUCAUGGCCUUCACGGGAGUCAUCUGCGUCCUCUUGCAGCUGGUCUCCGCCAGCGCUUCGUUCGCAUUCCCGGUGAUGCUCACCAAGGAGGCCGAGUUCCUCAAGAAGAAAAAGAAGAAGCUGGACGCCGCAAAGGCCCAGACCAUGAUCUGCGGCGUCGUCGCGUUCGUGACUGGUUUCUUGUCUUGGAUCACAUGGACUGUGCUCUCUGACAUGACCUUCAAGGAUCUGGCGUCGAAAUCUGCGUACCCGUACCCGUCCGCCUACAUCGGGGUAUAUUUGGCGGGCUUCGCCAUUUUCCUGUUCUCCAUCGCCUUCUUCCAGUGCCUGAACCGCGUGUACUAUUUUGUUGGUGGGAAGCCAGGCGAUGAGGACGAGGACGAGGCGCACGAGGAGUACGCGGGGCUCGAGGACGAUGCUGGGGCCGCCGCGCUCAUGCCGGACGCCGCGCUCAUGCCGGACGCCGCGCUGGGCCAGCCGAACUUCGCGCCCCAGCAGUCGGAGUUCGUGGCAAACUGCCUCCCCACCUCACACGAGCUAUUCGCGGUGUCCCUUCAGGUUGCCUUCGACUGUUUCGACGCCAACCACGACGGCGUCCUCGACCGUGGCGACGUCGAGCGGCUGCUGGCGAGCGGAAAGAUCGAGAACUUGCACAUCCAGUGGGGAACGGUGGAGGCCAUGCUCGAGGAGCUGGAUGCGGAUCGGAGCGGCAGCAUAUCUCGGCGUUUCACGACUACUUCGUUCACGCGGCAGACGCGGUCUUGUCAUCCCAAGUUCUCUGCGGCCCCCGGAUGCUAG